AGGAAUUUGAAGUAGAUUAUUAUGUUUUCAGGACCAACAUUUAGUGAGGAUGCUGUUCACAUAGUUGCCAUGGAAUAGCUGACUACGAGAACUUGUAAGUGUGCUUAACAUAGUAUUGAAAUCACAAGACAUUAUCUCGACUCACACUUUGUCCGGAAGUGAUUGCCAGACUAAGACCCACGUGAAGCCAGCGGGUUCAGAUAUCGUAGACUUAAUAACCUCAUGAAUCUUUCAUUGCAGUCUAUUGUUAACAGGACAUACAUACAUACAAGCGGGAUAUAUAGAAAGUCUGAACUGUGAAAAGUCGACAGUCCUGUUUGAUUGCAUCAGUGACCUCCUCGUGGUGAUAUCAUCGUUAAAAGCCUUUUGUAACGGACAGUCGUCUUCGACAGUGUGUGAAGAACAGAAGAAGCCAGAGGUUUUGAGGUGAACAUUCUUAGUAGUGGAACUUUGGCCAGUAAGGCAAGUCUUGUUUAGAUAUUUAAUGACAAAUCUAGCUCAAGCAAUAUUUGACGCAUUGGUUUCUUCAGAAAUGGACACAAGUAUCGGGCAUAUUAAUAGUUCAUCUUCACCAAGAAAUCUCUUGACAACCCCAAGUGACAUGGACGAAUUAAGUUCUGAGCUGUUCCAUAAACUCCUUCCAUCGACCAUGCUGUUUACUUUCAUAAACUGUGUAGGUGUUCCCGGCAACCUCUUUGUCUUCCUCGUGUACCUCAGGAAGUUCAAGACCAGCGCCACACGUGUGUUUGUGAUGACCAUGGCCAUGUGCGAUUUCUUGGUCAAUCUUUCUGCGCUUCCUGUGAAUCUAGUGUAUUAUCGCCACAUGUACACCAUCAGCAGCCCUACAUUUUGUACUAUUACAUACUUGGUGCUGAGAAUCCCAGUCUAUGUUUCUUGCUUUGUGUUGGUGUGUGCGAGUCUGGAUCGUCGACGUCGCGUGUGUCAGCCUCUCAGACCUCAGCUGGAUGCACGACAAGCGACCUUCCUCUUGGCUGUGCCAUUCAUCCUGUCCGCCAUAGCAACGCUUCCUUUUGUAGGAUUUCACAGUGGAAUCCAGUUUACGACAUCGACUGGUCUAACUGUCAGAAAAUGUUGCUUUCGGGAAGAGUUUCCUGGAGUCUUUUUAAAAAAGGCGGAGGGACUUCUUCUGGCAGUGUACUGUAUAGUUGGUCUGUCCAUGGUGGUUGGUACUUACGGCCACAUCCUGUAUCGAGUCAAGCAACAGAGCAAGAAACUUGCUCAGAAUCAAACAUGUAACAUUGGUCAGCCACAAAUUGGAAUGUCCGUGAUGUCAUCUCCAAAUAAAGGUAACAGUUCAGAGAAGGAAGUCAAAAAGACCAGAGACAUCUCAGGAGAGUCACGUGACCAGGAAAGCUGUGUCGUCGAUCAGCCAGAAGGUGGAGCCAGAGAGGUGAUGGAAGAGGACCCCAGUGUGUCUGCAGGUCAUCCGCUACCAGCAAGACGAAAGAUGAGUGUCGAGGUACAUCAGUCGAGGACUCGUCUGGCCUCAAAGACAACUCUUGUCAUGUUUGUACUGACCAUCACAACUGUCGUCUGCCUCACGCCUUAUAUAAUCUGGACACCUUUACCCGAAUCCUAUUACGAGCCGCACAUGAAGUCUUGGGUCAUGAACUUGGAAGUAACAUCCGUUUAUCUUCCGAGCUUAAGAAGCACCAUCAACCCAUUCAUCUACCUUUAUUUUAAUCCCAAAUUCUACUCCUACUGUCGACAGUUUCUUUAUUUCUUGAUGUCUUACAUUCAUCAGUAGUUUUCAAUGUAAGUCAGCUUUUUAAAGCAGAUAAACGAGAACGGGAAGAAACCCUUCUCCAAGAAAACGAAAGCGAAAAAAAAAAUGAAUGAAUCAGAAUGUGUGUUUGUCGGAGAACAAUGUUGCAUGAAGGUGGUGCUCGUUUGGCUUCUAUACGUGGGAAUCUUCAUCCUGGCGAUUACUACUAUGUAUAACAGUGUUGUCGGGUAAAUAAGCGAACGAAUUUCUCUAAUUACAUUUCUUAAAACUAAGCUAUUUUUUAAACAUCGGUUUGUUUUCUUAGCUUGAGGAAAAUAAACUAGGUAUUCGAAUGACGCUCAGCGUUAGAUAUUUAUUCCUUUUAAUUUUUUAAUGUAAAUGUUGUGUCUGUGAGUAUGUGUGUACUUCAGCAAAAUAAAUUACGGGAAACACA